AUGGCUUAUUAAUAAUUCCAAUUAAUAAUACCCUAUUAAGGCUUUUGUUAUUGGACUGAUCCAAAAUAAGAAAACAUAAUAAAAAGCAUUUUUAAAUAAAAGAUAUUUUCAAUGCAAUUUGUUGAAUUAGUUUUUUAAGGAGAUCAUUCUCCAUCAUUCUUUUAUUAGAAAAUAUCAGUCAUCAAUUUUGAUUCUUUAAGGAUACAAGAUACUUUAUUUUUAGUAUAAUAGUAAUUAUAAAUAUAUUAAAAUAAUGAUGAUAAUAAACUUUAGGAUUUAAUAAUUACAAAUUCAGUAUUUUUUAAUGAUUUGAAUUUACCAGUAAAAUUAUAAAUAAUAUCUAAAAAUUGUUAGAAUAUUAAUUUUACAAAUCUUUAAUUCAAUAAUUUAAAUUUUUUAGAUUCAAAUAUUUUUGAAAUUACUCCUUAUGGAAUUUAAUCUAUUUUUACAAUUAACAAAUUUACUAUAGAAAAUUGUAUAUUUACAAAUACUAUUUUAUUCAAAAUAAAAAAUACUUCUAAGAUUAUUAUAUCAAAUUUAAUAUUAAAUAAUUGUUAUUUCACAAAUUCAUCAAUUGCAAAUUUUGAAUUUGAUUAUAAUGAUCCAUCAAAUAUUUAAUUUCACUACUUGAUGAUUAAAAAUUCAGUUUUUAUAUAAUCUUCAAUAAUUUCAAAUGUUGUUUCCCUUGCUCUUAUGAAUAUUUCAAUAUUAUUAAGUAAAUUUGAGUUCACUUAAAUAAUAGAAUUUAAGAAAGAUUUAAACAUUAAAAAUAUAUCAAUUAAGGGGAAUAAUUUUAUAUAAUCUUAAUUAAUUUUUAAAAGCCCAGUUAAAUAAUUAGAAAGUAAGGUUAUCAUUAAUUCAUUAAUCUUUGAAGAUAAUUUUCAUUAUAAUUCAUCUAUAUUUUAAACAGAUUUAACACUAUCUAAUGAUCUAUUAAGUAUUUCAUUUAUUAAUUUUUAUCUAAAUUAGAAUUAAAAAAUCUAAUUAGAGAAUUAAUCUAAUUAUCUAUUUAAUAUUAAUAGUCACAAUUUUAGUAUUUACAAUUUAUCAAUUUCAAAUUCUGAUAAUUUUAAUUACUUUAAUUUAAUUACUAUUACAAAUAUUAAAGUGGAAUAUGCUAUUUUUGUGAACUUAUAAACUUUACAUAAAGUUCCAAUACUAUUAGAAUGUGUCAAUUCUUUUAAUAUCAAUAAUUAAUUAUUUUAUAUUUAAGGAUUUAAUUCCUUAUAAUUUAUAAGUAUAACUAUUAAGAAUUUUAAGAGUAUUGAUCGAUCUUUUAUUCAAAUUUUUUCUAAUUUAUUAACAAAAGAAUAAGAAUUCAUCAAUAUAUAAGAUUUAAGAUUUAUUGAAAAUACUUUGUUAAAAAUAAAUUUAAGAAACUUAUUUUCAUUAAUAUCAAUUUACUCUGAGAAGAGCCAAUUAAUAAUUAUUAAUAAUAUCUAAUUUUAAGAGAAUGUAUAUCAUCAAUAUAUAGAUGAUUCAUCUCAAACUACAGCAAGUCUAUUAUUUAUAAUAUCAUAAUAGAGUUCAGUUAUUAUAACUAAUUUAUCAUGUUCAUAGAAUAUAUUAACUAAUUCUACAAGUUCUUUUAUUUACAUCAAUAGUAAAAUAAUUAAUAUUUCUGAAUUCUAAAUCUAAAAACAUAAUAUAUUAAAUAUGACAACUCUCUAUUCCUUAUUUGAAAUAAAGAAUAUUAUAAAUUAAAAUUAGAUAAAUACAAUAUUAUUAAAAGUAUUAAAGAUUCAAAAUACAGGUGGAGUUUUAUCAUUUACAACUGAAGAUUGUACUAUAAUUAAUGGUAUCUUAUAAUAUAUACUCACUUUAAAUAGUAAAUUAUUCAAUAUUCAUACUUAAGGAAAAGGAAUAAUAAAGAUAAAAAAAUUAGAAAUUAAUUUAAUUGAAAGUUUAGAUUUGAAUAUUGCUGAAAAUGAAGGAUGUAUUACUAUUAACUCAUAAAGCAGUUUAUUAUAACUAGAAUUAACAAAUAUACUUUUUACUGAUAUUUUAAAUAAGUUUGCAUCUCCAAUACUUUUUAUAAUCCCAUCUUAGAAUAUCAAUAAUAUUGUAAUUAAAAAUAUUACAAUAUUUAAUUGUUUUUCUCUUACAAACCUUUUAAUUAAAACUUAAUUUUCUUUGAUGAGUAUAAAAAACAAUAAAGUAUUAAUUUAGAAUGUAAAAAUUAUAUAAAACAAACUAGAAUUCAAGUAAUAUCUUCAAAAAUUUAACACAUUAUCCUUAAUUGAUAGAUAAAAAAUCUUAAAUGAUAAUGCUAUUAUUAAUUUAUCAGGUUGUAUUAUAAUUAUAAAAUAAUUCAGAUAUUAAGGUGUUUUAUCAUCUUCUAUUUUAAAGUUAAUUGAUACUUAUAAAGUUUAAAUGGUAAAAAUCUACUUUAUUUAAAUUUAAUUGAUUCUGAAAGUUGAUCUUAUACAUAUUUGGCAUAGUCCUAAUAAUAAAUAUACUGUAAUGAUAUAAGAUUUAACAUUUUAAAAUAUAACUUAAUUAGAUUAAAUUGAAUUUCUAAAUUUAUCAUAUGAUUAUAACAAGAUAGAAAUUCUUAAUCAAAAUUGUAGUUUAAUAAAUGAAAUUUAAAUAUAGAGUCUAAAAAUAAAUGAUAUUGGAUUUGAUACAUUUUUCUAACAAUUAAUAUAAGAUUCAAAUUAAUAGGGAUCACUCAUUUAUUUUUAAAGCUAAUCAAUUCUUAAUAAAAUAUUUUUAUCAUCAAUUUAAGCUAUGAAUGUAAAUAGUUAACAGUUAUUUAAUGCAAUUCUUUUAUUUGAUCUAAUUAGUUUUUCUUCUAUUGAUAUAAUUGAAUUUAAUUGUUUAUUUAACUCUGUAAACUUAUAUGGGUGUAUUUUAGCCUAAUAAAGUGAUAAAUUAAAUUCAAUCAUUCGAAUAACAAAUUCAUUUUUCUAUAAGAACAAUGGAGGAUCAGGAACAGGGAUUAAAACUAAAAAUGUUAAAUUGGCAUUAUAUAAUUCAAAGUUGUUAAACAAUUAUGCUUAAAUUUAAGGUGGAGGUCUUAAUUUACAAUUAGAUUAGAAUGAAUUUGUCAUAAUAAACUCUUAAAUUUAAUUGAAUUAAGCUAAUGAAGCUGGUGGAAUAUAUCUUUUAGGAAAUAGUAAUAUAAAUGAAAAUAAUUUUAUUAAAUCUGUUAUAUCUUUAAAUAAAGCAAACUUAUCACCCUCAAAUUUAUUAGAAUUACCUACUCAUUUAUCAUUGUCUAUAAAUUAAUAAGAUAUGUUAUCUAUUUAAAAAUAUAUUGAUAAUAUUUAGAUUAAUAUUUUAAAAUUGGAUCCAUAUUAAAUUAUUGAAUAAGGAAAAGUAAUAAUAACUAAUUUAUUAGUACUACCAAGUAAUUAAAUAAUUAAAAAUUAUCAAAUUUUCAAUCCCAAUGAUUAAUCAUUUCAAAAAUAUAUUUAAGAAUUUUCAAUUUCUUUUAAGAAUAAUUUAAAUGAAAAACUCAUAUAAUUUACAAAUUCAACUUGUAAAAUAUAAGAAUAAAUAUUUACAUAUAAUAAACUUGAAUAUACCAAGUUACCAUAAAUAAUAAAAUUUAACACUUUAUUUGGUAAUUUUGAUAUUUCUUAAUUAUAAUUUUCAUUUGAUCCAUAUAUGGAAAUUAGUUAAUAAUAACAACUUUUAAUUAUAUGCUAACCCAAUAAUUCAUUUUCUGAAUUAUAGUAUGGUAUAAAAAUUGCAACUUUAAAAUGUCAAUUAGGAGAAUUUUACAUUUAAAAUAGUUGUCAAACUUGCUAAUAUAAAUAAGGAUAUUAUUCUGUAACAUAUAAUUCAACGAAAUGUUCCAUUUUUGAUAAAAAUAAAUUUUACAAUAUUACAUCUAAUUAAAUAAACUUAAAAGUUGGUUAUUGGAGACCAAAUUAUUAUUCAGAUGAUGUUGAAUAUUGUUUUAAGUAUCCUAAUAUAUGUAAAGGAGGGUGGUUUGUUGGUGAUAAUCUUUGUUUCUCUGGUUAUAUAGGAGGGUUAUGUGAAGAAUGUGAUAAAUAUAAUAUUAGAGGAGAAGGAUAUUAUUAUAAAAACUAAUAUAAUUUAUAAUGUCAAUUAUGUGAAGGACUAUCAAAUAGAAUUCUAUUGUUUAUUGUAGCAUCACUUUGGUAUAAAUUAAUAUUUCAUUAAAUUAAUUAGGUCACUUGGAUCUAUCAUUCUUACAUUAAGUAGUAUUGAAAAAUCAAAUAAAUUAUUUAUUUCUUGUAAAUUAAGAUAAAGAUUUUCUAAUAUUAUUUUUAAACUCAAUUAAGGUAUUAAUUUAAUCUUAAAUAGAUCAUGGAAGUAUAAUAAUUAAAUUAUUUCUGAAUUAUUUAUGGAUAUUUUCUGCAAUAUUUUCAUUAAAUAUCAAUUUUACAUUCUCAUUUAAUUUUAUUGAUUAAACUAGUAAUCCAUCUUAUUUCAUGGCAAAUAAUUUAGAUUGCUUUUUAUUAUAAAUUCAUAAUAUAGAAUUAAUAUAUCUCAGAAUUAUUACAAUGUUUAUAUUGAUGAUUUCCUUACUUAUAUUAAUAUAUUUAGGAUUUUUAUUUAUUGAAUUAUUUUAUGAAAAAAAAUUUGAUGCUAGCAUUAUAUCAAUAACUGCACUUUAUUUGUAUGUGUCUAAUUAUGCUGCUUUGAUUAAAUAGUAUAUUUUUAUUUUUAUUAGAUUUUUUUCAUUAUUGGCUAAAAGAUAAAUCUCAAAUAUUAAUUAUAUCUAAGGUGAUGUAUCAUUAAAAUUUGGUACAUCAGAUCAUAUUAAAUGGAUGAUAAGUUUUAUUAUUCCAGGUUUGGGAUUAAUUGGAUGGCUAUUACCAUUUUUACUUUUAUUGUUAUUGUAUGUUAAAAAAGAUUAAAUAGAAUCUAUUUAAUUUAGAAAACAUUUUUGUUAUUUAUUUAAUGAAUAUAAUAAUUCAAAUUUUUUUUGGGAAUGGGUUAAAUUAGCCAAAAAGACAUCUGUGAUUAUUAUCUUAACAUAUUUUGAGACAAAUAUUUAUUUAAAAGCCACACUUUUAGGAUUAUGUUUAUUAUUUUAUUAAUUAUAUGCAUUAGAAUAAUAACCUUAUAUUAUUUAAAAUUUUAAUAAAAUAGAUGUAAAAGCAGGUUAAAUAUGCUCUAUUUCAAUAUUUUUAGCUGUAAUUAAGUACAUUUGUGAAUAAUAAGAUAAUUUUGUACUUUCGUUUAUUCUUUAGAUGAUUCUAGUAUUACUUAGUAUUAAAUUAAGUUUUCCAUUUAUAAACAGUUUACUUAAAUUAUAUCAUAAGAAAUAUAAAAGAUAAUUUUUAAUUUAAUUGUCAAAGAUAUUUAAUAUUUUUUAAUGCACUUCAUGUUUAAAUAAAUAUCUAAAGAAUAAAAUUUAUAUUUGGAAUUAAAAAGAACAAAGACUAAGAUCAAAUUUUUAUAAAUUAAGGCAUCAUUUAAUAUAUAUUUCCAAAUUAUAAUUAGAAUAAUAAAAGUAAAGUAAUUAUAUUAAAUAAGAUCUCUGACAACUUUGUUUACUUCUGAGUCCUUGCCUAGACAUAAACAAUAUACUACCGAACUAUAUCUUUUAAAGUUUAGACAAGAUAUACAUUGA